CCCGCGGCUGCGCAGCUCGCCGCAAAAGCACCAGCGCAGCGCUCGCAGAACAGAGACAGCCCGCGCGGUCCAAGUCUGAGGGUGCCGUCUCACUAGCGAUAAGGCUCAGCCAGGCCAACCACAGCGCGCUGGACCCCGCCGUCUCCGCAUCCGACGUGCACUGCAGCACAGCAUCGCAUCCCCAAUGCGGCGGCCGCGCUGAUAUCGCACCUCGCCCGACUCGCACGCGCCUGCCCUAAAGUAUGCGGAUGGCCGCCUGCCCGCUCGACACCGACCGACUUCUUCGCGCGGAAGCCUGAGCACGCACGACCCCGCGGUGCCCCGCCAUGGACGAGACAGCGCCCGCCGACAAGGGCCGCCGACGCAGCAAGAAGGACGGGGCCAAUGACGACUCCAACAAGAAGCGCAGGUGCAUCUCGAGCGCCUGCGUGCCCUGCCGCAAGCGGAAGAGCAAGUGCGACGGCACGACGCCUGCCUGCUCGGCGUGCGCUGCCGUCUACAACACGCCCUGCGUCUACGACCCCAACUCGGACCACCGCCGCAAGGGCGUGUACAAGAAGGACAUUGAGGGCCUCAAGACAAGAAACUCGACCCUGCAGACCCUCAUCCAGGCCAUACUCAACUACCCCGAGGAGGAUGUCGCCCCGCUCGUCCAGCAGAUACGCACGUGCGAAAGCCUGGAUGCCGUCGCCGAGGCCAUCAUCGCCAAGGAGAACGGCGAGGACGUCGACGAUGAAGACGACGUCAGCCCGUUGGCUUCGCCCGUCGCGCAGACUACCUUCGAGAGCCAGCUGAGCGGCAAGAUGGGCGAGCUGCGGCUCGAGGACGGUUCGACGAGAUACAUUGGCGGCACGUCGCAUCUGAUCUACAUGGGCGCGGGCGACGCCGACACGCGUUCGCCGGCGUCGCUAGUCGGCGCGGAGCAGUACGACCAGAUCGAGGAUCCUCUCACGUCGUGGACAAACGUCACUACCGACCCGGAGCUCGUGCGCCACCUCAUCAACAUGUACUUCUGCUGGCAUUACAGCUUCUUCACCACACUGUCGAAGCACCUCUUCAUGAAGGAGUUUCAGCUGGGAAGGCCCCCGCCCGGGUCGAGACGGAAGACGGAAUACUGCACGCCGCUGCUUGUCAAUGCCAUGUUGGCGCUGGGUUGCCACUUCACAUCGUGGCCCGCGGCGAGGGCUGUGCGGGACGACUCGGCCACCGCGGGAGAUCAUUUCUUCCGGGAGGCGAAGAGGCUGAUACUGGAGGAUGACCUGCAUGAGGUGCCUGCUCUGACGACCGUGCAAGCACUGGCGCUCAUGUCGGUACGGGAGGCCGGCUGCGGAAGAGAAGCGAAGGGCUGGGUGUAUAGUGGCAUGAGCUUCCGGAUGGCAUGCGACCUGGGGCUGAACAUCGACAUGUCAGGUAAAAGUAAGAUUGAGGAGACAGAAGAAGAUGCGAGGCGAAUAACGUUCUGGGGCUGUUUCUUGUUUGAUAAAUGUUGGUCCAAUUAUCUCGGAAGGCUACCACAGCUGCCUAGGGCGAUUGUCACUGUACCAAAGCCAGAAGUCUUCCCGACCGAGGAUGCGGAGAUCUGGUCCGCGUAUACCGACUCUGGUGUGAGCCAGGCGCAUUCGCAGCCUUCGCGAACACGAGCGGUGGCUAUACAAAUCUCGAAACUUUGCGAAAUAUCCAGCGAUUUAAUGAACUACUUUUACAAUCCCAUAGACAUGGACAAGGCGAAAGGCAAGCAGACGGAGCUCAAGAAAUUGAGCGAGAUACACCAGCGACUAGAGACUUGGAGAAGAGAACUACCCAAAGAGCUUGAGCCGAAAGAAGGAGGGCUGCCUUCAAUGCUUGUUAUGCACAUGUUCUUCCAACUCCUCUACAUCCACCUGUUCCGCCCCUUCCUUAAAUACAACCCCAACAACUCUCCACUUCCAGCCCACGUUUCACCCCGAAAACUCUGCACGCAAGCAGCCGCCAUGAUCUCCAAGCUUCUUCGCCUGUACAAACGAUCACACGGCCUUCGCCAGAUCUGUAACAUUGUCGUCUACAUCGCUCACUCCGCCUGCACGAUCCACCUUCUGAACCUCCCCGAGAAGAACGCAAAGCGCGACAUCAUCCACGGGGUAAAACACCUCGAAGAGAUUGCCGAAGGCUGGCUUUGCGCGCGGCGGACGCUAGGUAUCCUCACCGUCCUUGCAAAACGCUGGAAAGUCGAACUCCCGGAAGAAGCUGCCACUGUGCUUGCCCGCACCGACGCAAAGUACGGGCCUUGGACAGACGUCACGACGGCCAAGCCCGCGAAACGCGACACCGAGGCUAUCGAAGAAGAGCAAAAACCCACCAACGCAGACAGCUCGCCAGCGCUGCAGCCCUACGGCCUGUCGUUAGCCAACACUGCAUCCCAAUUUUUCAACCGCACAAGCAACGACCUCAGCAUGUCCACCAUGCAGAACAGCACCUCGGAAGCGCCGCCCACAGACGCCGUCCCAGUUCCCAUGUACUCGCGCGCACAGCGCACCUCCCUCACACAUCCGUCCCCCUCCGUCGCCACCCCCGUCUCCACAAACGCCACGCCUUCCACCCAGGGCGCCUCGCCGUCUCAACUCUUCGGCGGUGUCGAACAGCUCAUCCGCGAAGGCCAGGACUGGUGGCUGCGCGACCAGAAUCAGCUCGCUUUUGGCUUCGACAACUGGAACCAUGGGGUCGAGGACAUGGCUGGAUGGUUUACCGCACAAGGCGGUGUCGUGGGUAGUCCCACAUUGGUGAACCCUGCCGUAAAUUCUGGGGCAGGGGCCGCAGUGACCUCACCGGAGGGUAUGAAUGGCGGGCCGGUGAUGACGAAUGGGAAUGGUGUUGCGAACGGCGCAGCGAAUGGUGCAGGGAUGAACGGGGGAUUGCCUGGGGUACCAGGGUUUGGCGAGGGGUUGAAUGCGUACAAUGAGCAGGAGUGGUAUCAGUGAGCCUUUUCUGCAGGGUGUAUAGGGUGUAUGGGUGUUUUACGGCGUCGAAUAUAGGGCUGCUUGGGCGGAGGUAUAUACCACGGCUGCUUUCUCUUGGGAGAGGUAGCUCUUAUUGGGAUUGUAUAGUUCAAUGAUAUUAUCU